AGGGAGAGACUGCAGUGUUGUUACUUUGAACAAAAUGGCUGCGAGACCACUGUCAACGAGAGCCCACUGAACGCUUGCCAUGACUGUCCGCUCCGCUGUAUGGAUCCACGCAGAAUGUAUUUUCCCGGAGUCGUUUCUCACUUUGCAUUCGCGAUAGCCAGCCCUUUGUUUUUCGUCCAGCUGGCGACCUAAACAAACAAACAAAACAUUUCUUUUUGCACUUUAAAACAAGUUGGCUGGCUGACGGCGACCGUCGGCUUGCUCUGAUACGCGAGAAGUCAUCGGCAAUUUUAACGAAAGCUGCCUGAAUUCUCCACUUUGCAACACCUCGCGACGGUCGAUGAUUUUCAGCUGCCUACUAGCUAACAUUAGCUUACAAUUUUAAGUCAUUUUAUUCGUGUUCGGGUUUUUUUGUUUUUGUUGUUGGCGGUGUUUCGCUCCCUCCACGCCCCCUUAUAUCGUGACGUUUUAACAAACUGUUUUUUGCAAGUUUAAUUUCUCGGUGAUAUUAAAAAAAAAUAUUUUUUUGUUCUAAGCAUACAUUGCCGUACUUGCUGUGUGCAACGUCAUAUCGGGCUCAGUAGCCCUUGUUUACCUCGGUAUCUUCUUGUCACCAAGCUGCUUCAGCAGCAGCAGCAGCAGACGGCUUAUCUGUAAAGUCUGACUUCAACUGCGACUGAAUCUCUGCUCCUUCUCCUUACGGGUAACUUUUAGAGAAGACAUCGGAGAAUGAUUUUCUUGCAUCCUUUUUUCUGCCAUGCACCUGCUCUCGACUGAAAGCUGCCAAAGCUGUGGUUAACGCGAGCUGAGAGAAGCUAGCAACAGAAGAAAGAGAACCAUUUGAUGGAAGAAAAGAAAAAGAAAAAACAAGAAGAAAAGACCAAGAAAGACAUUGCUCAGAAAAAGGUUGCUGAUCAGAAACCCAAAGUGCCAGAGACUGCUUCCACUAAGCCCAGCCCCGGCCCACCUCAACACCUCCGCCCUUCCAGCCCCACGCUGCCCCUCUCCUCCUCCUCUUUUUCUGGCAAUGGCAAGCGCGCCUUCUCCAGUAGCCAACUCCCAACUCAGACUCCCCCUCAGCAGCAGUGCCAGUUGUCUUCUGUCAGUGCUCGCUACCCACCCAGAGAGGUGCCUCCACGCUUCCGCCAGCAGGAGCAUAAGCAGCUACUGAAGAGAGGCCAGCCACUGCCUGCAGGAGCCCUCAGUGCUCUGACCCUCUCCUCUGCCUCAUCUUACUCCUCUUCUUCUUCUACAAGUUCCAGCAGCACUAAUCCAAACACAGACAUAUCCCCCCAGAGUGGUCCUGGUGCCCAGUAUGAGGCCUCUCAUUGGGGAGCCUCUUUGCCUGUUGACAGCUCCUUCAAUGCCAACAGUUGGGACAAAGUGUUAAUUGACGAAAGUGACACAGAAGCCUGGCCAUCCAUCAGCUGCAAUAGUGAUCCCAGCCACUCUAAAGAAACAGAAUGCCCCUUGAGCUCAAUUAGCUCCAACCUAGACACCAGUACUGUCACUACCACCAGUAGUAGUAGUUUUCUGAGUAUGGCCACAGGUGCCACUGGCCAGCAGGCCCACUACCCUUCUCUCAAAGUUAACAGUAACAUGAUGACAGGACCAUCAGCCAACACACUUGGUAAUAGAGGAUGGGGCUCCGAUGGGAAACAAGAUAGUAUAAAUGGUGGUCGAGGAGCACCCAAUAACUGGGGCUCUCCCAGUUUUAACUUAAACCUCAAUCCCAAUGCCAACCCAUCUGCCUGGCCAGUUCUGGGCCACGAGGGUGGUGGAGGGGGUGUUGGCCCAGUGUCCAGCUCUCCAUCUCUCCCACCAGGUAUGAAUGGCAAUGGAAACAUGGGAAACGGGACCCUAGGAAGUACAGAUAAUAGUGGGGGAGGUUGGGUCAGUAUGAGAAGUACCAACGAAAAUGAUCAACAUCCUUCAAGCAGCACAAGCUUGUCCUUCAGUAUGGAAUGUGCUGACCUUAACUCUGAUGGACCAAAACGCACUAAGCAAGCUCAGGAGCCUAUGAGCCCUAUUCAUGGUAUAACUGGUUGGGGAGGCCAAUCACCCACUGAAUCAUCCCAGCUCAAUGUGGACACAAAAAGCAGCUCUUUAUGGGGUGGUGGAGAAACAAAGACAACUGACUCACCCAAGGACUCCGGCUGGGACUCGGCUCCUUCUGGAGGCCUUUCUGCUUGGGGUCGCCAAGGCAGUGGUGGUGGGGGUAGUGGAGGUGGUGGCUGGGGUGACUGGGGAAAAUCCCCUGGAGUUGGAGAUGGAUCAAAAGGCUGGGACUCUGUAGAUGCUGGUAGUUCAGGUUCAGGCCAAGAGCAGCAACACCCUUCAUGGGGCCAGCAGCCUGGAACAGCCCCUGCAAGUGAAGGUAGUGGGGACAGCAGUGAAGGUCAAUCUCACAGAGACCGGUCAUCCAGCAUGGAUUAUACCCCUGUGCUACCCCGGCAGGACCUUGACCCUCGAGUGCUGAGCAACACUGGUUGGGGACAGACCCCCAUCAGACAGCACACUGUAUGGGAGAUGGAAGAAGCCAGUUCUGAUGAUGGAAAGAGCAACAGCAGCUCAGACACCAUAGGAGGCUCCAGCUCUAAUGGUAUGCCACCAUCUACCAAUGGAGGUACCAUCAACUCUAACAUUGGGUCCAGCCAGAGGCCUGGGUCCAGCCAGAGGCCCGGGUCUGGGGGAAAACGUGACACUGUUGAAUCACAAUCUACUGGUUGGGGAGCCCCUCCACCUCAGCCAAUCAAGACUGGAUCCGGAUGGGGAGAAACUCAGCAGUCACUCAGCAAAACCUCGAACGGCACUACAAGUAGCUGGGGAGACCCUUUGCCUACCAAUGGUCCUAAAAAUGGGGGCACACAAUCCUGGGGGUCUGAGGAUAAGUCACCUAGCUGGGAUGAUGACUUAAGGAAAAGCAAGCCCACCAGCUGGGGAGAAGGCCCUAAAAACUCCCAUGGUUGGCGCAGCAGUAAUGGUGGCUCAAAUGGUUCCAAUACAGGGGAAUGGGGAGAAGGUGAGGCCAAGAAUAAUGGCUCCUCUAGUAGCAUGUGGGAAGGAGAAGGAGGCAAUGCAGGAAAUGGUGGAUGGAAGGAAAGCACCAGGGGAGGAAACACAGGAGGAGGCUGGGGUAAACCUCCCCCUACUGUUAGUAAUGGUACCUGGGGAGAAAUGUCACGUUCUAAUGGUCCAGUGCAAGGAGGCUGGGGAUCUUCCAAGCCUCAGGAAAGCAGCAGCAGUAGCAGUACUGGCAGUGGAGGAGGUGGCAGCGGAGGAGGAGGUGGCAGCGGAGGAGGAGGUGGCAGCAUUGGUUCUUGGGGUGGUCCUGGUUCUGUCAAACAGAAUGCCCCUGGCUGGGGCAGUGUCACCAAACCGGACCAAGGGAUGGAUCCCACUGGCUGGGAAGAGCCCUCCCCUCCCUCCAUCCGCAGGAAGAUGGAGAUUGAUGAUGGAACAUCCACCUGGGGUGAGCCCUGUACCAACAGCCAGGCUGUCAAUAUGUGGGAUCGUAAAAAGCCCAAUAAUAACCCAGGCAGUAGUGGCCCACCCCCCAGUAAGAAUGGUGGAAUGAUUAUGCCCAACAAUAACAACAACAAUCACUCUAUUGGUCCUGGUAACAACAAUCACCAUCACACCCACAACAUGCACCACCAUCCCCAUCAUGGCCCGCCCCCAACUCACCUUCAACAUCAUGGAAACAACAAUGGAUCACCCAACAAUGUGGGCUUACAUGCAGGCACUGGCCCCCAGGGUAGAGCCCCCCUUGCCAACCCAGGUUGGGGAGAGCUUCCCAGUGCUCAGCCCAAAUCAGAACCUGCUUGGGGAGAGCCAGCAGCUCCAACAUCAGCUGUGGACAAUGGUACCUCUGCCUGGGGCAAACCCCGAGGGGGAGUAGGAACCUGGGGAGACGGUGGCCACAAGUCUUCUGUGCCCUAUGGUAGAGCCAACGUACCCCCAGUUUCUGCACCCUGCAAGCCAGGCCCCAAACCUAUGCAAGAUAGCUGGGGAAGUGGAGGAGAGGAGAUAAGCAUGUCUACCAGCCAGUGGGAUUCCGAGGAUGGGGACAUGUGGAACGGCCCCAUCUCCCAGGAGAACAGCUCCUCAUGCAACUCUUGGGGCAAUGGGCCCAAGAAAGGCCCAAGCAAGGGGAAAAUGGGCAACAAGCCAGAUGAGACCUGGAUCAUGAAUCGUCUCAUUAAACAGCUCACUGACAUGGGCUUUCCGAGAGACCCUGCUGAGGAGGCUUUAAAGAGCAACAACAUGAACCUUGACCAGGCCAUGAGUGCUCUGCUGGAGAAGAAGACUGACCUGGACAAGCGGGGCAUGGGUAUGUCUGAUUACAGCAAUGGCAUGAAUAAGCCCUUGAUGUGUCGGUCCUCAGCACUCUCCAAAGACCUCUCUGACCGCACUGCCUUCCUCGACAAGGAUGGCAUUCUGUCAGAUGAUGCUCCCCCAUCACCGUUUCUGCCUUCCCCCAGCCUGAAGCUCCCCCUGGCCAACAGUAGCCUUCCUGGGCAGGGUUUGGGACAGGGCAACCCGGGGCUGGCCAUGCAAAACUUGAACAGACAGUCACAGAUACCCAGUGGAAUGUUUGGCAGCAGUGGAGCAGCACAAACCCGGGCCAUGCAGCAGCCUCCGCAGCCACCUGUGCCACCUCUCAGCUCCUCCCAGCCUAGUCUACGUGCUCAAGUGCCUCAGUUUCUCUCCCCUCAGGUCCAAGCACAGCUCUUGCAGUUUGCAGCAAAAAACAUAGGUCUGAACCCUGCACUUUUAACCUCACCAAUAAACCCUCAACAAAUGACCCUGUUGUACCAACUUCAGCAACUGCAAAUUGCGUACCAGCGUUUACAAAUCCAGCAGCAGAUGAUGCAGGCGCAGCGCAAUGUUUCUGGGCCCAUUAGACAACAAGAGCAGCAAGUUGCACGUACAAUCACCAACAUGCAGCAGCAGAUCCAGCAGCACCAGCGUCAGCUGUACCAGGCGCUGCUGAUGAAGCAGCAGCAACUUCCCUCCCAUUCCUCCUCCUCUUCCUCCUCCGGUCUGCAUCCCCCUGCUGGAGGCCCUGGCUCUGGCAAAUCAACCCUGGACUCCUUCACAGGCCCACACCACGUUCCGGGCCUUGUCGACACACUGCACACCAAAGAGCCACUGUCUUCGCCCAACACAUACAGCACCUACACCCUCUCUGGACUGAAUCCAAACAUGAAUGUAAACUGCAUGGAGGUUGGGGGUAUGUCCCUGAAGGAACCCCCUCAGCCCCAAUCCCGCCUGUCCCAGUGGACACACUCAAACUCCAUGGACUCUGGCAACACCUCAAACAUGGAGAACAACCUCAAUAAGCAUGGUGCCAUAUCUGCUGCCUCUAACCUGGGCCCACCAGGGAAGCCCCACCAGCUUGAGGACUCGUACAGCCCUUACAAUAUGCUAUCUAGCUCUGACUCCCCGACCAGCCCUCUGGUACCACCAGACAGUUGGGGACAGGGCAAAAGCCCCAAUGAAAAGAUCUCCAAUGGGACUAACAUCAAUUGGCCCCCAGAAUUCUGCCCAGGUGUGCCAUGGAAAGGCCUUCAGAACAUCGACCCUGAGAAUGACCCCAACAUGACCCCCGGCAGUGUCCCUAGCGGUCCCACCAUUAACACAAACAUCCAUGAUGUCAACCGAUACCUUCUGAGGGACAGGACUGUAGGUAUGAACAGAAGUAAAAUGUCUGACAUGAAGUCCACCUGGUCCCAAGGUCCAAUCUCCCAGAGCCAAGCCUCUCUGUCACAUGAGCUGUGGAAAGUCCCCCAGGGGCCACGGAGCACCACAGCUCCCUCUCGACCCCCACCAGGCCUCACUAACCCCAAGCCCUCCUCCACUUGGGGUGGCAACUCACUGGGUCUGGCUCAAGGCUGGAGUGGCGCAUACUCCUCUGAGGGGACCACCUGGAGUACUGACAGCUCCACAAGGACCAGCAGCUGGCUGGUGCUGAGAAACCUCACUCCACAAAUUGAUGGUUCAACCCUGCGGACCCUGUGCUUGCAGCACGGCCCCCUGAUCACAUUCCACCUCAACCUGACCCAGGGGAACGCCGUGGUACGCUACAGCUCCAAGGACGAGUCCGCCAAGGCCCAGAAGUCUCUGCACAUGUGUGUGCUUGGAAACACCACUAUCCUGGCGGAGUUUGCCGGGGAGGAAGAGGUGAACCGCUUCUUUGCACAAGGUCAGUCACUAGGGGCAAACACCACUAGUUGGCAGGCCAACCCAGGAACCAAUCAGAAUCGGAUGGGAGGGGCAGCACACUCCCACUCAAUUGGCCAGUGGAGCAACAGCGGCGGUGGAGGAAAGGCCAGCGGAGGCGACCUGCUGUGGGGCAACGUGCCCCAAUACUCCAGCUUGUGGGGACCGCCGAAUGGAGAGGACGCCCGUGUGAUCGGGAGCCCGACCCCCAUUAACACCCUGCUGCCUGGAGAUCUACUGAGUGGGGAAUCCAUGUAGGAUGAUGCCACGUUACACUAACAACCAACCACCACCGUGUCAUGUAAGCCAUCGGUGGAUGGUGGGAUGGAAAAAGAAAAUACAAACAAACAAAAAAAAAAUUGAUAUGAACAGGAGCAAAACCCAAGCAAAUCAUGUGGCGAUAAUCAGUAUCAAUUUCAACUGUUUUGAACUGUGAAUUGUGAUUCAGAAGGAAGGAGGUCCCUACAACACAGACUUCAGACCCCAAUCCUUCUGUUUUACUUUGUUUUGUUAGUUGUUUUUUUUAAUGGAAAAAUCUUUUUUUCUUUCCUUUUGGUAUUUUUGUCAAAUACAACAAACUGAAAUGAGACACAACACAAAGAAACCUUUCAAGUAUUUUUUAGUUGUUUUCCAUAAGUAUACAUGACAUUGUGUGUGAAGUGUGUUUAGGAGAAGCAAUCAAAGCUGCCAUCUGAGACUUUCCUUUUCCCUCCAAAUGAAACAAAAAAAAAAUUCACCCCAAAAUAAGACUUAAAAACGACCAUUCCCAGCAUGUCCAUGGCCAAUGACGUGGUUCAAAGACCUUUACUAGUUAUGUUUAACAUUGUUUUCUCAGCACUAAUAUUAGCCUUAAGUGCUCUCUGGCCCAGGUCUUUCCCAUGUCGCCUUUUUGAGUUCGUUUUGUAACUGAAGAAAUAGCUGAAAUCUUGCACAGUUUCACUUCUGAGCCAGCAAAUGGUACAGGACACGAUUGGAGACCAACUCUGUCACUGGGCAGUUAGAAGGCCUGGCCAUGUGACUGGCCCUACCAAUCAUCAGCUUAAUUAUUUAAUUUGUCUUCUCAAAGGGAUUGCUCAGCUAUUAAAUGUUGUUGGGUUUUUUUGUAGGUAUAGAUCCAAGCGCAAUUUUAUAUCUGUCACAACCUAUAAGCUGAGAGAAGAUUAUUUGUCGACCUUGUUGCGUGUCUCUGUUUUCAUACAUGACUCACUGUGUGUCCGUUGGCACCCAAUCAUUGACGUCUGCAAGCCCAGAUCCUUCUGGUCACCUUUGUUGAAUUUUCUGAUGUCCACUUUGUUAUGAAGCCCAGCAAGUCUAUAUUAUCAGCCAGUUUUUCGGGGGAGAAAACCGAACACAAUUUCACCUGCGUGUGACAGUUCAUUGUGCAAUAUACCCCAUAGACUUUUCUUCCGUCCAUACUCGAUGUCCAUUGGAGCUGGUUUCUCUUGAGUUUCUUUUUUUCUUUUUGAUUGUUGCUGUUUUGCAGCAAAAGACUUCGGAACAAACAAAAAAAAACAAACAACAAAAAAAAAAUGACCGCCCUCCUUUUCAUAACUUGGAUUCCCUCCAGGCUGCCAGUCCCCCUGAAACUGUUGGGAAAACUCUGCAAAGAGGAAGAAGCAACUUUUGAACACAAUGCAUGCCGCAAGCUGUACUAAAGAGUGAAACUGGGUACAUGACAAUGCACACUUCCUCUCUGCGUGCCACAGCCACACCCAACAGAGACUGAAUCCACAGUGGGAUUGGAUGGUUCUGGGUAUCUGGCACAAUACCAAAUAAGAGGGGUUUCUCCUAAUGCAGUAGACCUACGAGUGUUCCUUGCAUUUGGUACUGUACAAACAGAAGAGACUAAGACUUUUAUAAAUUCAAAGGGUUUUAUCAAAGCACUUAUGAAGAGCAAAUCGCUUCAACUGCAAUCCAAUAAAUCAAAGAAAGGAGCAGCAAAAACAUGGAAAACAACAAAAAUGUUACGUACUGUAUCCCGUUUCUUGGAAAUGUAUCUGGCGUUAUUCCUCUGGUAGCAGGAUGAAGAGAAAACUGAAAUGUACCUUUUUGACUUUGGAGGGGGGAAACUGCAGUGUGAUAUUUCCCCCCCCUCAACACACACAAACACACCUUCUUUGAACUUUAACAAAGUAAGUAUCACUGUUACUCCAAAUGUUUAGCCUUGUUCUGUUCGGAGGCACCAGACUCGACGUCGGCUGUUUCCAGUCCGCCAGUCAGUGGAUGAAUCAGAGUGGGGUGGGGAGGUGGAGUGUCCACUGAGUGCCUCUAUAUGUUGUGGUCAUGUGGGAUGUGGGUGUCAAGCGGCAGCCCCAUUUCCUCCUGGGCUCCACUUGACCCUCCCUCAGUUUGGUGGGACAGCGGCUCCUCCCAAGACUGGCCAAUCAUGGCUCUCUCUCUCCCACGGGCGGCAUCUCUAACCGAGGCCCGCCACCACUCAACCCUGCCGUCAUCCUGCCGCCUCCCCCAUCUCUCAGUUCUUUGACACGAAGAUCACAUUAGCUGGAAGAUGUACAUGUAGUCAUGUUUCUGGAAUUUUUGCCAGUGUAUUUUUUUUUUCUUUUUCUUUGUUUUUUUUUUGAUAAGAUAAUUUGAAUUUGUUUCCAAUGUGUGCUCUAUUGUUAUUUUUGUCUUACAUGCAGUAGUCUACAAAAUACUGGCUGCUGAACUAGCCCUUCACUGUUCAUAUGCAGAAACACUUUGGUCAGAGGUGCCUCUGUAUGUUCAUCCUGUGCGUGUUGAAUCCAAAAUGAGGAUCGAUACUACAGACCGUUAUUGAUUGUCUAUUUGUUUUAUGAUUUGUUACUGAUCAUGCGUUUGACAGUAUUCUGUAGUACUUCCAGGUAGUAUCUUGAGAUGUGUAAAACUAGGGUGUGGGUGCGCGUCGCUCCAAGCUGCUCCGCCUGACCGCAGGCUGUCCCCCCUUGCCCUUUGCCUAGCUGCUACGCUAUAACCUCCUCCACCUCAACCAGACCCAGUAGCCCUCUCCUAACCAAGCACCAACAGGCCCUCAUAUCUGUUUCUAUGCAAAAGACUAGAGGCUGGGGCCCUUUACAGAAGGCCAAAACCUGACUUGGGAAUGAGCACUCUUCCCAGAGCUUGGCAAACCCUGAUACUCGUUACCCCGUGCGCUCCCGUCAGCACUUCAGAGUGGCCACCGUAUUUGUAAAGUGAGGCUCAGCCACCAGAACACUGUCAUUAUAUGAAAGUCUGCAAACUUUUAUCUAAAGGUCGGCCUUUCUCUCUGCGCUGAAGACACUUCUGUCCAGCUUGAUCUCAGGGUUAGGGGAGUUGAUGAUACCAAGUAUGAGAUGCAGCUCUCCAUAUCUGUCCUUUCUACUGUGAGAGCAAAGUCUUUAAUUCCUAGGCCAUUUGCGCAACAAUAUGUACAGACCUCAUGCCUCGAACUUAAUCCUAAUUGGGAGGGAAAAGGCUGUAUUCAAUCCUUUUCUCAGAAGGUGGCCUCGAGUUGCUGUUUGGAGGCCUAUUGUUGCAUGAAAAAAAAGAUGCCAAUGUCACGUGCCAAUACAAAUUUGGUGUGUCAUGCUGUGUCUUUGUAGGCAGCACUUCUGUUCCCUGUUUGGAGGAGAUAUGAUAACCUUUGCGGAGGGCGCAGCGGGGGACAGGAGGGAUCAAACACAUGGGGCGGCAGCAUCCCACCCUUAAAUGACUGAGAUUUUUUUUUAUGCUUUUGUGGGGAAUGCCCCCAUGCUAAGGAGAAAAUCUACUCAGUUGGGGGUUCCAGUUUGCUACAGUGCACAGUUGCUGAUGGGUAAUCCCGGGUACAUAUUUUUUUAAAACCAAAAAUGAAAUCGCAUUUUAACGUCAUUUUUAUGAAGUUUGACAUAAAAAUCUUAAAAAUGCUAAAAAAAUCUAAGUUAAAAAAAAGAAAAAAGAUCUAUAUGUUAAAGCUCUGCACUUAUAGCUGAAACGUCUCCGGUCAUCAGCUUCUACUACCACCAUCUAAAGGAGUAGACUCGUGGCCGGGGUGCCUUUUUUUGUGGAUGCUGUAUUUAUCUCAUUUUUUAUGUUUGUGUCCUGCUCAAAGCAGGCCCACUGAACUGUACAUUUCCACAGACCCAGAUGGCUUGGGCUCACUGUAUCAGCCUCACUCCCCUCACUCUGCAUCAGCAAGUGGUGGAGGGGCACAUUUCAAGAGGUACAAAAGUCUUAAGAAACAUUUUAAAAGAAAAAGUUAAAAAAUGGGAAAAAAAAAAAAUAACAUUAAAAAGAAGAAAACAGGAAAAGGCUACCUUUUCAGGACUUGCAGUCCUGCAGCACACAAGCAAAAAUCACUAUUGCCUGUUUCUGUAACUGCCUUGAUCCAAGCUCAGACAGACCCAAUAGCCGAGGACCUCCCAGCAUCCUGUACUAACUGGAGAACCCUGACAGUGAAGUGGGUUUCCCAUGCUGCACCAGCAUCGAGAGGCUCUCCUCUCUACAGCUCUGUUCUAGAUAACAGUAUAUAAUGUAUGUAUAUAGUACAUAUGUGUAUACUGUGAGUAUGGUGUGUCGUUGAAAAAACAUUUCUGACUUCUUGGAUCAUAACCUCUGAAACUUUUUUUUCCGUUUUUGUCAUCGUUUUUUGUAAUGUCUUAUUUGAAUACAACUGAAAAAAAAAAAGAGCAAUAUGUAUUUUCCCCGCAAAUAAGUGAUACAAAGGAAAGAAUUCGGGUCGGGUGUAAACUGAUACUUGAUUGAUUGAAAGCUGCAUCGUUGUUAUAUGGAGCUGGAUAUGCACGUUCUGGUUAUGACAUAUUACAGUACUUUGAAGUGCUCGUACUGUAUAUAUGUGUAUUUGUGUUGUUAAAUACCCUGUUGUCUAAAAGCCCCAACCUGAAUCACCUGGUUUGAUGCACAUUUUUACCCAGUUGACGAAAAAAAAAAAAAUCAAACAUAUCAAAACGAAACAAAAAAUAUUGAACGCAAAUACUUGAAUCAUGGAGCGCCAAUAACGUAAUGUGAAGUCAGUAAUUUUCUUUUUGUUCUCUCCAUCUGACAGGUACACCGAAGGGGCUUUUAGAGAAUAACAAAAAUGUAUUGCAUUAAGUUACAAAUAUGAAAUCUGAAGAAAAAAAAACAAAAGCAAAAGUCAUCUUAGAUGUGUGCUUGAAAGUCAGAUGUUUGUAUGAAUGUGUGCGCGAGAAGCUGCGCGCAGGGCACAUGGCCUGCUGUUAAGUUCCACUCAGUAUGUUAUAUUUGUAUCAUCUUUUUUUUUGUGUUUGUUAACUUUCUGUCAAAAACUAUUCUGAUAGACGUUAUUAUCUUCUAACGUUGCACUGAGUGUCUUCUACCCCUCGCUCAGCUAAUCGUAGAUAAACGAGUCUAAGUACGGAGGGGAGAUGGUGACAAUUCAUGUGUAAAUGUUUACUCAAGGACUUAAUGGAUUUUUUUUAUUAUUAUUAUUCUCUCUGUAAAAAGUUUAUCUACCUUAUAGUGGCUUUUAUUGUGGAAUAAUCCAAAUACAAGGAUUAUUGUUGAGUAUUGCACCAUUUUGUUCCACUUAUACAAAAAGAAGAAAAUGGUAAAAAAAAAUUUAAAACCAGAAAAACUACAAAAAAAAGACAAAACUACAAAAUGGGGAGGAAAAAAACAAAGAACUGUUGCCAUAGAUAGCUGUAGAAGGACUAGUAAUCCCUAUGUUAACUUCACGUGGAAAAUGGAAAAGGGAUAAAGUUUGGGAGGUGAGUUUGUUACAGGACUCAUUUCAGAGGUGCCUAUCUUUUCUGUUCUUGUUUUGCAAAAAGCCACUCGUCGUUUACAAGCAUUUCAUUUGUCUGAAGUUCAAGAAAAUACUUUAUAGUUUAUGACAGGAAUGUUGUGUAAAAUAUAAAAAAAAGGACAUUUAAACUUCCAUCAAAUAUGGACAUGAAAAUCUUUGCAAAAUGAAGAUUUAUGCUACUUUCAGAACUCUGGGAUUGAUCAGUGUUGCGUCAUACUUCAGUUAUUAAGUUCUCUCUCAGUGUGGACAGACUAUCUCUCUAUGUAAUUGAGUUGUGAUUUUGUGUUUUUUCUGUAAGCGGUGCCGUUCGCUUACCAUCUUGCACACUCUUAAAAGAUGUGGAUUUUGUCUCAGGAAGGCCAGGGUUCCAGAUACCAACUCCAUCAUUUUAAUGUUUGUAUGGAAAAAAAAUAGAAAAGAAAGAAAAACGCAACUGAAAACAGUUAAACUCCAAGAAAGCACUGAAGGUUCUAAGUUUAACGGAAUAUAGAAAACCAUUCAAAAAACGAUGUUCGUAGCAAGUUACAUAUUUACCAAAUAAAACUGAGAAUCAACUUUGAUAAAAGUGGAGUGCUUUACACAUGAAAUCUAUGUAGAAAUUGCUUUACAUUUAAAAAAAAAAACAACGAUCAGUAGUUUGACUGUCAAAAAGACACAAGAUGCAUUUGUUGUUUUUGAUGCUGUACGUUUUACGUUUCUCCAUCUCGUAGUCCAUGAGCAUUGUGCAAAGACGUUUGUUCUGUUUUUCUGAAUCAUCUCUUGCGAGAGGUCUCAUGUAUCGGGACAGAUUUCAGAGUUAGGCUGAUGUUGAUGUGGAGGAAUUAAAAGUUGGUUUUUAAAGGAUCAUGAUCUAUGCACAAGUGGGAGGCAAGAGUCCAAACGUCGUAGCUGUAAUGCUGACGUUUGUCAGACUCAGACUCUAGGGUUCAGGGUUCGCCUUUUAUUUUAUUUUUUAUUUUUUUCUCUUGCUCAGAUUUCCUCCACCUUAUCCCCCAAACCCCUUAUCAUUAUCCUCAUCUAAUAUUUUAGCAAAACUUUACAUUGCAUUGUCAUGCUGUGUAAUCCUUAACCAAUGAGCGCUUAUCCUUCUGCUAAAGCACUGUGGGUUGUACUGAAAAAAAAAAAGCCCAUGACUUAAGGCUGUCUGUUUUUUAAGGGAGGGAGGGAGGGGGAAUGAGGGUUCUUUGCCUUUUUCUUUACUUUGAAAAAAAAUAAACAUCAAGGAAAAAUGUCUGUAACUGAAAUACAAAGUUGUGGCUAUUAAUGUUUUUCUUUUUUACAUCCUCAUAGAAUGUGAUUGUUAAGAACAUGCACCGGAAAAAAAUGUUUCCAUUGAUUUGGAGCUUCUUUCUCACUAUAUUAAUAAAUUACAACAUUUUCUUGGCUGUUA